UCUCUUCCUUCCCACAAUAAUUUAAUUUCGUUGAAAUUAAAGAAAGAAACCGAGAAAAACAAUAUAUUCUCUAAAAAGGAAAAAAAAAAACCAAAAUCUCAUCACCUUCCUUCCUCAUCCUCUGUUUUUCUCUCUCUAAAUCCAUGGAUCCUUCACUUCCUCCACAGUUCACAGCUUUCCCUCCCUUCAACAACUCCAACCCUUACGCCCCUCCCCAACACCCCUUAUAUGGCAGCACCGUCAACUCCGCCGCCGUCGCGCCGCCGCCUAACAACAACAACCAGUUCUUCCAACCCUCGCCGCCAGUUCCUUCUCAUCCCUCCGUUAUCCACCCUCAUUACUCCGAAAUGAUUUGCAGUGCGAUCUCUGCUUUGAACGAAGCAGAGGGGUCAAGCAAGCAAGCGAUAUCGAGGUACAUCGAGAGAUUCUACACGGGGAUACCUCCAGCUCACGGCGCUCUACUCACUCACCAUCUCAGGACUCUCAAGAACAGAGGCGUUCUCGUCAUGGUUAAGAAAUCUUACAAACUCGCAGCUUCUGCUCCUCCUCCGACUUCAGCAGCUGCUGCUGCUCUUGAACCCCCCAGAUCUGAUUUCAACAACAGAGUCAACGACACCCAACAACAGUUGCCUCCUCCUCCCACAUCUGCUCCUCCUCAAACUCAGAAGCGUGGUCGUGGUCGACCUCCAAAGGCAAAACCCACCGCUGAUGUUCAGACAAACGGAAUAUCCACCUUCGGACAGAUCGAGUUACCCGUUCCUAGACCGGAGGAGCAGCAGAUGCAACUGCAGUUACAGGCUUCACCACCGCAGCCUCAGCCGAGUAAGAGACCGCCGGGUCGUCCUAGGAAAGAUGGAGCUUCGCCGACACCGACGGUGAAGGCGGCGGCUCCCGUUGUUUCCGGCGGUGAGGAAAUUGCUAAACGGAGAGGUCGGCCUCCGAGCGGAAGAGCUGCAGGGAGGCAGAGAAAGCCGGCAUUGGUCUCAGCUCCGGCUUCUGUGUUUCCUUACGUCGCUAACGGUGGUGGUGGUGGUGGUGGUGGUGUUAGACGCAGAGGGAGACCAAAGAGAAUUGACGCGGGUGCUUCUUCUGUUGCACUUGCACCACCUAAUGCAGUGGGUGGAGGAGGAGAGCUGGUUGCUAAGAGAGGACGAGGACGGCCUCCUAAGAUCGGUGGUGUGAUCAGGAAGGCGAUGAAGCCAAAGAGAGGCUAUUCUCGUACUGGAAGACCCGUUGGAAGACCCAGAAAGAAUGCUGCGUCGAAGGGAGCUUCCGGACAACAAGAUAUUAGCUAUGGUGAACUCAAGAAUAAGUUUGAAUUGUUUCAAGAGAAAGCUAAGGAAAUUGUUAAUGUGUUGAAAGCCGAGGUCGGGGGAAGUUAUAAUCAAGCUGUGGUUCAAGCUAUACAUGACCUGGAAGAGCUAACAGUAACAAAAAGGGAGGCAACGGAGGAGCCACGCCACGUGCAGCCAGAUGAACAUCACUUUGAAAAUGAACCCCAACCUGAGGGACACGGAUAUGGGCAGGUGCAGACAGAAACAGAGGCUAUGCAAGAAGCUCUGUUCUGAAAAGAGCGCACAACUUAUAAAAGCUAGCAAGUGGUGGUGAGUUUGUGUGUCGUGUGUGUUCCAUGGAUAUUUCUUUUUUAAUCUUGAGGGUGUUUGGAAGAGAGAAACACACAAAAUGAUGAUGAUGAUGAUGAUUGUGUCUCUAACCAAACAACAAGGAGAGGUAGGGUAAUGUCUGUAAAGUGAUUAGGAUGUUGCCAUUGUUCAUGUACCAUCAUCUCUCUGUUUUCCCAACGUCCGUGUAUCUGUGUAGGCCUUUGCUUUGUACCCUCAUGUUCCUUAGACUCUCUUUUGCUACUUAUUUUAUUUGGUGUCUUAGCCUUGUAGGAGUUCAUGUUUCUAAUAAACGUUAUGUAAGUUUUAUC